UCCAGCCCUCAGCCUUCCCUCCCAGGGCAGACCUGCUGCCCGCUGCCGCCGCGGCACGGGGGAGGCCGGGGUGCGGCGCGAGGAACCGCCAGGAUGAAGCUGGUGAGAAAGGACCUGGAGAAGGAUAAUGCGGGGCAGGUGACGCUGAUCCCCGAGGAGCCUGAGGACAUGUGGCACACUUACAACCUGCUGCAGGUGGGUGACAGCCUGCGCGCCUCCACCAUCCGCAAGGUUCAGACCGAGUCGUCCACGGGCAGCGUGGGCAGCAAUCGCAUCCGCACCACCCUCACCCUCUGCGUGGAGACCAUCGAUUUCGACUCGCAGGCCUGCCAGCUGCGAGUCAAGGGCACGAACAUCCAAGAGAACGAGUAUGUGAAGAUGGGCGCCUACCACACCAUCGAGCUGGAGCCCAACCGGCAGUUCACCCUGGCGAAGAAGCAGUGGGACAGCGUGGUGCUGGAGCGCAUCGAGCAGGCCUGCGACCCGGCCUGGAGCGCCGAUGUGGCGGCGGUGGUCAUGCAGGAGGGGCUGGCUCACGUCUGCCUGGUCACCCCGAGCAUGACGCUCACUCGUGCCAAGGUGGAGGUGAACAUCCCCCGCAAGAGGAAAGGGAACUGUAGUCAGCACGACCGGGCGCUGGAGAGGUUUUACGAGCAGGUAGUGCAAGCCAUCCAGAGGCAUAUCAACUUUGAGGUGGUGAAGUGUGUACUGGUGGCUAGCCCAGGCUUCGUGCGGGAGCAGUUUUGUGACUACAUGUUCCAGCAGGCAGUCAAGACUGACAACAAACUUCUGCUGGAGAACAGGUCCAAGUUCCUACAGGUCCACUCUUCUUCAGGACAUAAAUACGCACUGAAGGAAGCACUCUGCGACCCAGCUGUAGCUAGCCGUCUUUCUGACACUAAGGCAGCUGGUGAGGUGAAAGCAUUAGAUGACUUCUAUAAAAUGCUGCAGCACGAGCCUGACCGGGCUUUUUAUGGCCUGAAACAUGUGGAGAAGGCCAAUGAAGCCAUGGCCAUUGACACCCUGCUGAUCAGUGAUGAGCUUUUUCGACACCAGGAUGUGGCCACACGUGCCCGAUACGUUAAAUUGGUAGAUAGUGUACGGGAGAACAUGGGCACAGUACGCAUUUUCUCCAGCCUCCAUGUGUCUGGAGAGCAGCUGGGCCAGCUGACAGGGGUGGCAGCUAUCCUGCGCUUUCCUGUUGCUGAGCUCUCUGACCAGGAAGACGAAUCUAGCUCUGAAGAGGAUUGAUACAUGGCUUCAUUCCACAGUUUAUUUUCCAUGUCAUGUUGAAAUGACAUUUAAGUUACUCCCAACCUGAAUACUGUGUUUGGAUGUACCAUGAUGUGUAAUUAAGAAGUUUUGAUAGUAAACAUAUAUAUACAUUUAUAUUGUUUUACUCAGCACACUACUUGAUACCUGAUCUAUUUAUUGGUAUGCUGUGCUGAGCUGACUGUUUUUGCAGUUCUGAACCACCAGCAGUAAAAGAAACUAAUUUGUCUCCCCAGUGCUGCUUAGUCUGCAUGUUAAGGCAGACUGCUAGCUUAGUGAAAUGUCUAGGAAAAAAAUAGUAAACUAACAGGGAGAAAUUCACAUUAGACUAUUUCUGUUCAAGUGCUUGAAAAGACUAUUGCAGAACAAGUGUAAACUUCUUGGAAGACCUGUCAAAACUGCUUGGUUGUCAUAAGAACUCCCUGUUUGUAAGGUGUGUCAAAGAAUGGGGUCAAUAUCAUCUUUAGGGCUUUGAAUGGUGAUGUAAGUCUAACCAUUUAAAUAUUUCUAUGAAACACUUGAAGAAGUCUUUCAGCAACCAGAUCCUUUAAGUUAACAUUUCUUUGCUAACAUGAUAGUAGAUGCAGGACAAAUGGUGAAUCUCAGUGCAACCAUUUAGUUAUCUUUGAAUGCUGUUACUUUGGGAGAUUGUUCUGAAGACUAAAAAGGUGUCAUUAACUGUGUUCUGCUAAAUUGACAUUAUUUAGCACCCAGUUUUGAGAAAAUACAGGAAAAAACUU